AAUCACCUCUGGUUUUUUUAUUUUUUGCUAAACAAACCAAAAACAACUGAACAUUUUGAAAAAAAAUGUUUUUUGUUAGUUUCUGUUAUAAAAUGUUGUAAAUAUGUGAUUUUUCUACUUCACUGAUGUGUGCUAAUGAGGCUACAGUGAUGGGCACUGAAAGGCUGCACUGAUGGGCACUGAUAGGCGGCACUGAUAGGCACUGAUGAGGAGGCACUGGUAGGUGGCACUGACUGGCACUGAUAGG